AUGGCAGAAGCUAUUUUAUGUGGCCUUCAAUCAAGUGGUCAUCCAAGUUCCUAUUUGCGUUAUUCAGAACCUUUUGAACAACGAUUAGAAUAUAUGCAAACAAAAUAUCCUGAUAUGAUCGGGUCAAAUAAGAAUAAAGAAGUGAUAGAUGGUGCAGAUGUGAUUGUGUUGGCCGUUAAACCUCAAAUUCUUCAUACUGUAGUGACUGAAUUAGGUUCACUGAUUGAACAUAAUCCAGAGGUCUUGGUGUUAUCUAUUGCAGCAGGUAUAACGACUGAAGAUAUUCAGGCUUGGAUCCAUGCUCCUUUCUCGCCCUGUAUUGUUCGUUGUAUGCCUAAUACACCAGCUUUAAUUGGAGAAGGUGCUGUUGGUUUAUAUGCUACAGAACAUGUAAGUCAUGAACAAAAGAAGAUGACAGAGGAUAUUAUGAAGGCAGUAUCAAAACAAGUGAUUUGGGUACAUGAAGAAUCUUUAAUAGAUGCUGUUACAGGUAUUAGUGGAAGUGGGCCUGCUUAUUUCUUUUUAAUUAUGGAAGCGAUGCAAAAUGCUGGUAUUCAAGCAGGUUUAUCAUCAAAAGAUGCUAAAGCAUUAACACUUCAAACAUGUCUUGGUGCAGCUCGAAUGGCACAAAUAUCAGAAGAUGAUUUAUCUACUUUAAGAUGUAAAGUAACAUCACCAAAAGGUACAACAGAAGCAGCUAUUCAUUCUAUGGAAUCAAAUCAAAUUAGAAAAGUCAUGUCAGAAGCUGUAUUUUCUGCUAAAAGACGUAGUAAAGAACUUGCUGAACAAAUAGGAAAAGAACUUUAA